UUGAACACAACCAAUCAACCAUGGUUCAAGCAGGUCCAGGUGACUCUCCGAAGCAGGCGAUCAAAGAAGAUGUACUUGGCGAACCUCAUCGGUCAUUUCGGCAGAUGGCAGCUAAUGAUAUGUCUGACGAUACCCAUUAUAAAGUUUUCAUCAGGAUGGGUUCAGAUGGCCAUAGUGUUCCUCACACCACAAACAACAUUUUGGUGCACAGACUUCGGAGAUAAUUCCACGAGAACAGGAGAAAACAUGACCUGUUACAGUGAAUGUAUUAAAUACAGUUACGACGCGUCGCCCUUCAAUAAUACUAUCAUAUCAGAAUGGGAUCUGGUUUGUGAAAGAGGCUGGCUGACGAGCCUCACGCAGAUGAUGCUGCAGUUGGGUAUCUUGCUGGGUAGCAUACUGUUUGGAUUUUUCUCUGACAGAUACGGCAGAAGAAAAACCCUGUUGUUGUCCGUGGUUGGCUUGAUAGUGUUCGGGUUCGCCGUGGCCUUCUCUCCAGACUACAUCACCUUCACAACCCUACGGUUCCUCCUGGGGGUAGCAACCGCUGGAACUAUGGUCGUCUCUUUCGUUCUCAUCAUGGAGACGAUAGGCCCGAAGUAUCGUGAAGUGUGUGGCUGUCUCUUUCAACUGCCUUUCAUCAUCGGUCACGCGACGAUGCCCUUAUUUGCGUAUUAUAAUAGAAGCUGGGACUCCUACAGUCUUGCCAUGGCAGUUCCUCCGCUAAUCUACUUAGUAUUCUUCUUCACAGCACCAGAGUCUCCGCGAUGGCUCAUCUCAAUGGGAAAAACUGAUGAAGCGACUCGCGUCGUCACUAAAGUAGCUGAAAUGAAUAAAAUUCCAACAACCAAAGUAGAGGAGACCAUAAAGAGUCUGUCCGAGGAGAUCCGUUCAAAGGCGACAACAGUGAAUCCGCACUACGGAGAUCUAUUCCGAGGUUCUCUGAUGAUAAAAACGAUCAGUUCCUGCGUCAUAUGGAUGAUCACCGGCCUCACCUACUACGGCUUCAACCAGUACGUCAGUCAGACCAGCCCCAACCCGUUUAUCACUGUAGCAGCCGCCGGGCUCAUUCAGAUUCCAUCUAUAUUUAUAUCAAUAGUCCUGCUCAAGUAUUUCGGUCGCAAGACUACGAUCAUUACCUUUUUUGUUCUGGGAGGUCUCUUUGUGCUUGCGUUGGGUUUAGUGUCAGAAUUGUUCCCAACUGUAGUCAGGAAUAUGAGUAUGGGGGCUUGUUCCACGUGUAUGAGGAUCGGCUCCAUGAUAGCUCCUUUCAUUUCCAACUUGUCAGGAACCGUUCCCUGGAUGCCGACUGUUAUUUUUGGAUUCGCCCCCCUUUUAGGAGCUCUUAUCUGUCUCAUGCUGCCAGAAACCAAAGGAACAACUCUACAAGACGUAAUAGAUAGUAAAGAAGAACAAAAAACGUGA